AUGACUUCACCUACAAAAGGCUUCGAAUAUCUUCCAGGCUUUCUCGCCGCUACUUGCGCUGUAUGUACAUCUUCCUUGUUUGAAGAGAAAGAUGAAUAUGGCAAUGACAUGUCCGUCGUGGCUCCCGUCACUUGUGGUCAUGCCGCACAUGAAACAUGUCUCGAACGUUGGUUCACCACUCAACGUUCACGAUUCGUAGAAAAACAUCAUCGACCAGCAUCAGAAGCCCCAUUAGCAUGUCCUUCAUGUCGUACGGAUUGUCGACUUCCUUCCAACCCUGAACCCACCACCAGCACCAGCACCAAUACCAAUGCCAAUACCGAUCGAUCCACUGGAUUAUUCGGUAGACCUACCGGACCUGUAUUUGGUCGACAUACAAGUUUGAGAGAUUCCAGUUCUGCUAGAAAUCGAUUAGGUUUACCUGAUAGAUCCAAUUCAACUUCUCCUAAUCCCGAAUUAAACAAUUCAAGCUCUACCACCGGUAACGCUCAUUUACUCCGAUUAUACGUGACAUUAUCCGAUACGAGAUAUCUCACAGCUCCCACACUAUCAUCCUCAUCCACAUCAUUGGCAUUAGAUUUGUACAGACGAACCAAAGAUGUUGAAGAAGAAGUCAGAAAUUACACAACGGAAACAAGUUGGCAAACUUCAAAAGAUGUUUUUGAAAAAGGAAUAGCUUUGGCAGGUGAUAUGAAAGUAGCUUCUGAAGGAUCUUUAGAUAUUUUAAGUACUCAAAUAAAUUCUCUCAUUUCAACACUUUCUGAAUUUCAACAAACUUGUCUACCUCUUGAAAAUCUUCAUGAAACUCAACAUCAACUCUCUCGAGCAGAAAAGAAAUUACAACAUCUCAAAGAACGUGUAGGAACAUUAUCAGAAGAAAAAGAUAAAAUGAUUGAAUCUUUUAGAUUGUUCAAAGAUGAAACCGUUCCAAAAAGAUAUAAUGAAAUGUUGAUGAUGGCAAAGAUGGAGUUGGAAAAAGAAUGGGAAAGGAAAAUCAUGGAAGAACAAGUAAGAAGAAAAGGUGCAGUUAGAGAUGCUGAAGAAGCACGUAAAGCGUUAGGUAAUGAAAGUGAUAGAUUGAAAAGGGAAAUCGAUAAAUUACAAAAAGAAAAAGAAGAAUUAGAAAAAGAUUUGAAUACUAGGACUAGACAAUUAAGACAAUAUCAAAAACAUCACGAAUCUAAAUCUCUUUUGAAAUCUAAAGUUGAAGAAUUAGAAGCUGAGAUUGUUCGUCUUAAUCGUCAACAUCUCAAUCGUCCUUCACAUUCUUCCGCUUUUCGGCAUCAUACUUCUCAAGAUGAAUUGGAGGUAAAUUUGGAUGAUUCAAUAUCACCCUCUUCAAAACGUAUACGACAUUCUCAUCUUUCAUCACCUUCCGACAAUUCCAAACAUUUUCGUCAUUCCACUUCUCCUCAAUCUGGUAAUUUUGGAGAAUCUUCCAAUCGGGAUCAACAUGAAGAUACAAAGUGGUUCGAUGACCCGUCUGAAGAAUUCGGAGAGAACGAUUCAAACGAAGAAUUAUCAUCGGAUGAAAAAGAAGAAAACGACGAUUCAUUAUUGAUUUCUUUCCCAUCUUCCCCAUCUACUCAAAAAAGGUUUCCGAGCGUCCAUCCAUCUAGACAAAACAAAACGACCACGGGGUCAGAAAGACGUAUGACAAAUAUGACAAAGGAGAAAUACAGUAUUCAUGGUGAAUCACAUAAACGUAAAAUAUCAUCAAACGUAAUGGAGAAAAAGAGACAUCCGACAGCUAGGACAUUCUCUUUCGAUUUGAUUUCUAAAUCUUCGAAAACAAAUCAAUCGAUUAGUAGAUCGUCAGGAUCAUCAGGACCAUCGAGUUUAUUGGGAAAGUCAACUGUGAAGAUUACAAAGAUGAAAGAAAACGAUGGGAAAGAGAAAGAAAAUGCAAUUUUAGUAGAUAGUUCUUCACCUCUCAAAGAAACCGGUUUCACAGGACAUACAAAUAAGAUAGAUAUGGGGAGAUUGGAUAUGGUUCAUAAGAAUGGAGAAAGAAUUGAUGGGAAAAGGAAAUUGAGUGUGGCGCAGGUGUUAGGGAUGACGGAUAGGAAUGGUCGACCUGUUGGGGUGUUAGGUAUGGGUGUCAAGGUCAGACGGAGAUGA